GCGACAGCCACUACAAAUUCUCCAAUGCGACAAAUUUUGAAAUUUUAAGGAGGCGACGGCGAGCCCCGGUUGUUCCCCUCCCACUGCCUUUUCCUUCGAGUUCCUCCGUGGGAUUAUGGCCGUGGUUUGACCGAAAACCAAAUGAAAAGCUUGUGCCCCACGUAAACAAGAAGCAAUGCCAAUGCCUGACAAGUGACACACCAUCACUCCCUCUCUGCUUCACUUUAGCUUUCAAAACGCUUUGCUUUUUCCCUCUUCGGCAUUGGCAGACAUAUGAAAAGGGAACCCCCAGACAGUAUGAUUUUUGUUUAUUUUAAUUAUUAUUUUCUCCGACCAACUCUUCACUCUCUCUCUAUUUAAUGCCUUCUUCCACCGCCCUUCUUUCCAUAAAUCAUUUCUUCUCUCUUCCAUUCUCUGAACUCAACGAAUACUGCAACCUAUACUAAUUACUUGUACGCAUGCCAUUGCCAAUGGGUCAUGUUAAUGUAUUCCAUCCCUUAGCUCUCUCUUCUUCAACAAUCCUCAGGCAAAACAGAAAAGAGCAAAGCAUCACCGCAAUUCCCGUCCUUGCUUUUUAACUUUGUUCUAUUCCUCUUUGUCUCCCAUACCCAUUCUUCUGUUUCAUGGACUUCCUUCCAUUGGAAUAACAAAACAAAAUAUGCUUUUCAAACUAAUCCUUCUUCUCCUCUUAACUCCUGCUGCUGUUUACUGUUUGGAUACUGUCUUCAACGAUGACGUUCUUGGCCUCAUAGUUUUCAAAGCUGGCCUCCAAGAUCCCAUGGGCAAACUGGUGACGUGGAAUGAAGACGAUGAAAAUCCCUGCAACUGGUUCGGUGUCAAAUGCAAUCCUAAAACCAAUAGGGUCUCCGAACUUGUCCUCGAUGGAUUCUCAUUGUCUGGACACAUCGAUCGUGGCCUUCUGAGGUUGCAAUUUCUUCAAAUUCUCUCACUUUCCAACAACAAUUUCACUGGCACCAUAAACUCUGCUCUUGCUCAUCUGGGAAAUUUGCAAGUUAUUGAUUUGAGUCGUAACAGUUUAUCAGGACCCAUUCCUGAACAACUUUUCCAGCAAUGUGGGUCUAUACGGGUUAUUUCCUUGGCCAGAAACAACCUCACAGGAAAUAUCCCUCAAUCCUUAACCUCUUGCUUCUCUCUGGAGCUUCUCAACUUCUCAUCCAACCACCUAUCUGGGAAAUUGCCUUCUGGGUUGUGGUAUUUGAGGGGCCUCCAGUCCCUGGAUCUCUCGGACAACUUGCUUGAGGGGCAGAUUCCUCCAGGAAUUCAAAAUUUAUACGAUUUGAGAUUUGUUUACUUACAGAAGAAUCGAUUUUCUGGAAAGCUCCCUGAGGAUAUUGGUGGCUGCUUACUUUUAAAAUCAAUCGAUUUUAGUGAUAAUAUCCUUUCUGGGGGUCUUCCAGAGUCAAUGCAGAUGCUCAGUUCCUGCACUUAUCUGAAUUUACGACGAAAUUCUUUCACGGGUGAAGUCCCUCGUUGGAUUGGGGAGCUUAAAAACCUCGAGACUUUGGAUCUUUCUGCCAAUAACUUUUCUGGUCAGGUCCCAAGUUCAAUAGGCAACCUUCAAUUGUUGAAGAAGUUUAAUGUAUCCACGAACUACUUAAGUGGAAACUUGCCAGAAUCCAUGGAAAAUUGUGUUAACCUUUUGAGCAUUGAUGCUAGCCAUAACCAUUUGAGUGGAAAUCUCCCUUCAUGGAUUUUUGGGGCAGCUAUGCCAAGCCUUCAGCUUUCUGCCAACGCAUCAUUUCCAACCUCUGUUGAGGGUCUUCAAGUUUUAGAUUUAUCUUCAAAUGUUUUCUCUGGUCACAUUCCAUCUAAUGUUGGAGAAGUUAGUAACUUGCAGUUGCUGAAUAUAUCCAGAAACCAUCUGGUGGGUUCUAUUCCACAGAGCGUUGGUAAACUAAAAUUUGUGUAUGCCCUUGACUUCAGUGGCAAUCAAUUAAAUGGAAGUAUUCCUGCUGAAAUUGGAGGAGCAAUUUCGCUCAAGGAGUUGAGGCUCGAGAAAAACUUCCUCACUGGGGAAAUUCCAAUCAAGAUUGACCAAUGCUCCUUCUUAACAUCAUUGAUUCUUUCCCACAACAACCUGACAGGCCCAAUUCCUGCUGCUGUUGCGAAUCUCUCCAACCUUGAAAAUGUGGACUUAUCUUUCAAUAAGCUCUCUGGAAGCUUGCCCAAGGAGCUCACUAAUCUUUCCCACCUCCUCUCCUUUAACAUCUCCCACAAUCAUCUUGAGGGCGAACUCCCAGUUGGGGGCUUCUUCAACACUAUAUCUCCCUUGUCUAUAUCACUUAACCCAUCUCUUUGCGGUGCCAUUGUCAAUAGGUCCUGCCCCUCCGUGCAUCCGAAGCCUAUCGUCCUAAACCCGAACUCUUCUGAUACUAAUGGCAGUUCCCCCUCUCACAAGUAUCAUCAUGAUAUUAUACUCAGCAUAUCUUCCAUUGUUGCUAUUGGUGCUGCUUCUUUCAUCUUACUUGGUGUAGUAGCUGUAACUAUCCUCAAUAUCCGUGCGAGGUCUUCGCAGUCGCGUUCUGCUGCUCUUGCAUUAUCUGCUGGGGAGGAUUUCAGCUGCUCCCCCAAAACUAAUCCAGACUAUGGAAAACUCGUCAUGUUUUCUGGAGAUGCAGAGUUCGUAGUUGGUGCCCAAGCAUUGCUGAACAAGGACUGUGAACUUGGUCGGGGUGGGUUCGGAGUUGUUUACCGAACAGUGCUUCGAGACGGGUGUUUAGUUGCAAUCAAGAAGCUAACAGUCACGGGCUUGAUCAAGUCGCGAGAAGAUUUUGAGAAUGAAGUAAAGAAGCUGGGACAGAUGAGGCAUGGCAAUCUUGUGGCGCUUGAAGGGUAUUACUGGACAACCUCCUUGCAACUUCUCAUUUAUGAAUAUGUCCCGAAUGGAAGUUUGUAUAAGCAUUUACAUGAUGGAACUGGCGACAAUUGUUUGUCUUGGCAGCAGAGGUUCAAGAUUGUUCUUGGGAUGGCCAAAGGAUUGGCUUAUUUGCACCGCAAUAAUAUAAUUCAUUACAAUUUGAAGUCAACCAAUGUUUUGAUAGACAGUUCUGGUAAGCCAAAAGUGGGGGACUAUGGCUUGGCAAGGUUGUUGCCGAUGUUAGACCGCUGCAUUUUAAGCAGUAAAAUCCAAAGUGCUUUGGGAUACAUGGCUCCAGAGUUUGCCUGCAAAACAGUGACUAUAACUGAAAAGUGUGAUGUGUAUGGUUUUGGUAUCUUGGUUUUGGAAGUGGUGACAGGAAAAAGACCUGUGGAGUACAUGGAAGAUGAUGUUAUAGUGCUCUGUGAUAUGGUGAGGGCGGCUUUAGAUGAAGGCACAGUCGAGCAGUGUGUGGACGAGAGGCUCCGAUCAAACUUCCGUGUCGAAGAGGCCAUUCCUGUAAUUAAACUGGGUUUGAUAUGUGCAUCUCAAGUACCAUCAAACAGGCCAGACAUGAAUGAGGUUGUCAAUAUAUUAGAGUUGAUCCAAUCCCCCUCCGAAGCCGACGAGGAGUUGGAAUGAAACUGACCACCAAAAGAGAUGUAUGCAUUUUCUCGGUUUGUUUUCACCAAAUUAUAAAAAAGAAAAGACAUGAAAUACAUGGAGGAGAAUUGAGUUCCUUUUCCAUUUCAAUCUGUUUCGUUGUAAUCUUUUUUGUAUUUCUUUUAUUCAUUGUCUUAGAUUUCCACCAUACCAUCAUAUUGACUUUCACCGCGAAGCAUAACAUAUCAAUUCCAUAA